AUGAGUGAUGGACUAGAAAUUGAUGUAUCGAUAACGACAGAAAUGAUUUAUCUAUUGAAGGAUUAUACUUCAGAUUACAAGUCCUCUCAUGGCACAUUCAGCACAGUCUCUUUGAAGUCUCCACUCACACCAGCAAAAGAGGACAGUAAGGAUUGGGGAUACAACCUAGUAAUAUACCUGGCUCUCUUCUUCCUUUUGUUGCUUUUGCUGGCUUUAUUUCUUUUUGUGGUCAUCAAGCAGCUGAAGAAUUCAGUAGCAGCUGUUGUGUGGCAGCCUAAUCGGUCUGUUAGAGAACCCUGGAGUGCAAACAGAGAGCAGGCUGUUUAG